AUGACGUCACCAGAGCGCCCCCGCGGGCGAGGGCAUAGAGGCGGCAGGAUUGCGUCACUGGUGCGCGCCGCGGGUCCGGGCGCGAUGGCGGCGCUGGGCGGGGACGGGUUGCGUCUGCUGUCGGUGUCGCGACCCGAGCGGCAACCCGAGACGGCGGCUCUGGGAGGUCCGGGCCCCGGGCUGUGCUGCUGGGUGUCGGUGUUCUCCUGUCUCAGCCUCGCCUGCUCCUACGUGGGCAGCCUCUAUGUCUGGAAGAGCGAGCUGCCCAGGGACCACCCUGCCGUCAUCAAGCGGCGCUUCACCAGUGUCCUGGUGGUGUCCAGCCUGUCGCCCCUCUGCGUGCUACUCUGGAGGGAACUCACAGGCAUCCAGCCAGGCACAUCCCUGCUCACCCUGAUGGGCUUCAGGCUGGAGGGCUUUUUCCCAGCAGCACUGCUGCCCCUGCUGCUGACCAUGAUCCUUUUUUUGGGCCCGUUGAUGCAGCUGUCGAUGGACUGCCCCUGUGACCUGGCAGAUGGGUUGAAGGUUGUCUUAGCCCCUCGCUCCUGGGCCCGCUGCCUCACGGACAUGCGCUGGCUGCGGAACCAAGUGAUCGCGCCCCUGACGGAGGAGCUGGUGUUCCGGGCCUGCAUGCUGCCCAUGUUGGCACCGUGUACGGGCCUGGGCCCUGCCGUGUUCACCUGCCCGCUCUUCUUCGGAGUUGCUUCGAUUCCGCCAGAGCAGUGUGGGGAGCAUCUUCCUGUCUGCAGCGUUCCAGUUCUCCUACACAGCUGUCUUCGGUGCCUACACUGCUUUCCUCUUCAUCCGCACAGGACACCUGAUCGGGCCAGUUCUCUGCCACUCCUUCUGCAACUACAUGGGCUUUCCUGCCGUCUGUGCAGCCCUGGAGCACCCACAGAGGCGGCCUCUGCUCGCAGGCUAUGCCCUGGGCGUGGGACUCUUCCUGCUGCUGCUCCAGCCCCUCACGGACCCCAAGCUCUACGGCAGUCUUCCCCUGUGCGUGCUUUUGGAGCGGGCAGGGGACUCAGAGGCUCCGCUGUGCUCCUGACCCAUGCUCUCGUGCACACUCCCAUGAACUCUCACGGGCUCCUCAGCCCCUCCCCAUCAGGGGGUCCUGCCGGGGAGGAGCUGGCUGGGGUCCCGAGAUCUCAGGAAUUUUUGUAGGGGAUUGAAGCCAGAGCUAGUCGAAUCCCAGGGACCAAGAGAAAGGGGCGGAAAGGUGCGGCCCCCCGAACGAGGGGGCGAGGAGCAGGCCCCAGGAGCCGCACGCUCCCUUCCGCACUGUGGACCGCUGCUGCUCUGAGCUCCUCGGCGCCGGAAAAGCUGCUGGGGGUAGAAUUUACAGAUCCCUCCCCCCAACUUCCCAGGGUUUUCUCACUGUCUUUUUUGCAUCAGGACUUUGUAUUGGGAUAUUAAAGAGAUUUAACUUGGGUAACCUGG